UUAGAUGUACCAUAUAUACUCUCUUUUUUUCAGAAUGCUGGCUUCAUUUUACUCCUGUGAAACUAUAUGUAUUAUGUUCAAGGAGCAUAGAUUAAAUUAGGAAAAAUGUCUGAUAUUGAUAUAGCUGUCGACCCUCUUGAAGUUAAUAAUCAGAAAUCAAACAAUGUGAGAUGGAGCCCCACAGGUGCUGACGGAGAUGCGGACCCGUUGGGUUUAAGAGACACAGUUGUUCAUCUGGACUCUCUCACAAGAUGGAAUCUUACCUUAUUACCACUAGCAACAGAUACUGAUGAUGAUAAUCCAACUGUUGCAGAAAAUGAAAAACGGUCACCAUUUCCAUGGCGAAAUGAUCUUAAUAAUAAGAUUGUUUUGUGGAAAGGUGACAUUACAGAGUUGAGUGUACAUGCUAUUGUUCAUUCAACUAAUGAGAAGAUGACAGACAGGUCUUACAUCACAGAAAAACUCUUUGCUAAAGCCGGGCCCAAAUUACAGGCAGACAUUAAAAACAAUAUAAGAGUUUGCAAGACAGGAGAGGCUAAGAUCAGUGAAGGUUUUGACCUGUUGUGUCGUUAUGUGAUACAUACUGUAGGACCGAGAUACAAUGUGAAAUACGUGACUGCGGCAGAGGGAGCCUUAUACAGUAGUUACAGAAAUGUCUUACAGCUGGUUAGAGAAAAUUCAGUCCGUUCACUGGGAUUGUGUUGUGUUCAUUCACAAAAAAGAGGCUAUCCACCAGGAGAGGGCGCUCAUAUUGCUGUCAGAACUGUGAGGAGAUUCCUGGAGAGAUAUGGCAGUGAUGUUGAUGUUAUAAUCUUUGUCUGUGAUGAUGAAACUUAUUCUGUGUAUGAAACAGUUUUACCUCUAUAUUUUCCUCGAAAUCCACAAGAACAGAGAGAGAGUUUGUCCCGGCUCCCUGAAGAUAUCGGCAAUGAAAUGGGGGAACCAGUUAUACCAGAAAGACAAAUUAGAAUCAGUGAUAAACCAACAUUUAAUCCUGCCGGUCCACAGAAAGAAGAUGAAUUCGAGAAGACAGUAGAUUUGAACGAGGAGUUUGGAAAGUCUAUAAAUGGGUCAGUAGGUCAACAUCCCUUCGCCAGCAUGCAGGAACAUCCUGAUGACCAGAAACAGCGCAACCCAAGGACAGUAAAUGAGGUCAAACAUAUAGAACAGCAGAAAAGGUAUGAGAGGUUAUUAAAACGGGCUCGGACUGAAGAUCUUACAGAGAUUUCAGCUUUGCGUUGUCUUUAUCGGACUGGUCAGGAUAGAUUUGGACGCCCUGUUAUUGUGUUUGUGGGUAAAAACUUUCCAGCUCAUACUGUGGAUAUGGAAAAGGCAUUGUUAUAUAUGAUACGGUUAAUGGAUCCAAUUGUGGACAGAGAUUAUGUUGUCGUGUAUUUCCACACACAGACCAGUAAUGAAAAUCUACCACCUAUGAACUACUUAAAAAAUGUCUAUCAUACCUUAGAUCAUAAAUAUAAGAAAAAUUUGAAGUCAUUCUACAUUGUACAUCCUACAUGGUGGUCAAAGUUUGCAACAUGGUUUUUCACAACAUUUACAGCAUCAGAUAUCAAACAGAAAGUUCACUCACUUAAAGGUGUACAAUUUCUAUAUGCCAAGAUAAAUCCAGAUCAACUUGAUAUACCUCCAUUCGUUUUAGAUCAUGAUAUACAGGAAAAUGGGCCGAGAUAUUUUGUGCCAUUUGAAGAAGGUACCGUUGAAGAUUUGUGAUAAAGUAUAGAGACAUCUACUAGGAUAUAUGUAUUCUACAAAUAUCAAAUAUUUUAGUCUGUGAUUUUGGAAGCAAGCUUUGCUAUAUAUAUGUAAAGCAGGGGAAAAACAUUUAAUCUUAUUGGAUGAAAUUUUUUUAUAGUAUUUAUGGUCAGACUGAUUCUUUUUUUUUGCUCUUUUAUCAGCGUUUUAGUCUUAUCAUUUGUAGCUUUUGUAUUAUUGAGAAAGCAGGGGCUCUAACUAGAGCAAGGGCUUUAACUAUAUAAGGCUUUUUGUAUCGGAGUUAUUGCUCAUUGCUAUACUAAUGCAUUCCAUGGUAGUUUGUUUUGAAAGAGUAUUUUUUGUGAUUUCUUUAAAGGAACUCCACUGAGGUCCAAAGCCCAAAAAUAUGUAAUUUGAAUUUCUUACAAAGAUCUGCUGGGGCACUUAAAAUAGAAAGAUAGGCAAAAGAUAAUUUAGAAAUAUGCUCAGAAAUAAAUUGAAAAUUGUAUUUUUAUGCUAUUCUUAGUUUGAUUUGAGAGAAAAGUGUUGUAACACUUUUCAAUUUUAGGUCAUUUUUCACAAUAAGAAUAAUUAUUCUGAAAAAGGGAAUAAGCAAGUGAUCUGAAAUUUAUGCACACAAGUUAUUGGUCUAGGCUUACAUCAAAUAGAUCAUUAAGCUCGAAAAAAUAUUUCCAGUCUGGCCAGGUCAAGAAACCUUGAUGGAGUCCAUUUAACAUAAUAAACAUUUUUUCCUUUAUUUUAGAAAUUUGUGAAAGCAUUAUUCCUGUUUUAAAUGUAGUGCAAAUGAAUUAUAUUGUUAUAUUAAAAUGAUAAAAAAAGGUAUGAAUCAAUCAAUGCUGUACAAAAUAGAUCUAUAUAUUGAUAUGUAUGAAAUCAAUAUUUUUGGCUUGUUUUUGAAGGGUAAAAACUGGUAGAAGAUGGAACAUUUAAAGUAUCAAAAAUCAGUUAAAGUAUCUAGCAUGUUUGGAAACAUAACAUACAUUUAACCAAACCAAUGACUCAUUUAUAAUGAUAAUUUGCAUAAUAUAAUAAUGAGAUUUUUUCACACACUUUAUUCAUUGUGUCAAUAUGUAGUUUAAGACACAUGGAAAAACUUUGGUAUAUAAUGGUUACUCAUUAUUAUUUUGUAAGGGUCAUGUAUAACAAACCCGCUAUUGAUAAUGUUCUUAGAGUGUUUGAAUAUGCAUAGGUAAAAUUACAAAAUGGGCUUAUGAAAAUAAAAAUUUCAGUUGUCAACAAAAGCUAUGAAACUAUCCUCACUUAGGUAACUAUCUUUUUAGCUCGACUAUUCGAUAAGAAUAAGUAGAGCUAUUGCAGUCACCCGAGCGUCAGCGUCGGCGUCGGCGUAACCACUUAUGUUAAAGUUUUUGUAAUAGUUCAAAUAUUUUCAAAGUCCAUAGACAUAUGGCUUUGAAACUUUGCACACUUGUUCACCAUCAUGACCCCAACCUGUAGACAGGAGGAGGUAACUCUAUCAAGCAUUUUGACAGAAUUAUGCCCCUUUUUCGACUUAGAAUUUACGUUAAAGUUUUUGUAAUAGUUCAAAUAUUUUCAAAGUCCAUUGACAUAUGGCUUUGAAACUUUGCACACUUGUUCAACAUCAUGACCCCAACCUGUAAACAGGAGGAGGUAACUCUAUCAAGCAUUUUGACAGAAUUAUGCCCCUUUUUCCACUUAGAAUUUACGUUAAAAAUUUUGUAAUAGUUCAAAUAUUUUCAAAGUCCAUUGACAUAUGGCUUUGAAACUUUGCACACUUGUUCAACAUCAUGACCCCAACCUGUAAUCAGGAGGAGGUAACUCUAUCAAGCAUUUUUACAGAAUUAUGCCCCUUUUUCGACUUAGAAUUUACGUUAAAGUUUUUGUAAUAGUUCAUAUAUUUUCAAAGUCCAUUGACAUAUGGCUUUGAAACUUUGCACACUUGUUCACCAUCAUGACCCCAACCUGGAAACAGGUGGAGGUAACUCUAUCAAGCAUUUUGACAGAAUUAUGCCCCUUUUUCGACUUAGAAUUUAUGUUAAAGUUUUUGUAAUAGUUCAUAUAUUUUCAAAGUCCAUUGACAUAUGGCUUUGAAACUUUGCACACUUGUUCACCAUCAUGACCCCAACCUGGAAACAGGUGGAGGUAACUCUAUCAAGCAUUUUGACAGAAUUAUGCCCCUUUUUCGACUUAGAAUUUACGUUAAAGUUUUUGUAAUAGUUCAUAUAUUUUCAAAGUCCAUUGACAUAUGGCUUUGAAACUUUGCACACUUGUUCACCAUCAUGACCCCAACCUGUAAACAGGAGGAGGUAACUCUAUCAAGCAUUUUGACAGAAUUAUGCCCCUUUUUCGAUUUAGAAUUUACGUUAAAGUUUUUGUAAUAGUUCAAAUAUUUUCAAAGUCCAUGAAACAUAUGGCUUUGAAACUUUGCACACUUGUUCACCAUCAUGACCCCAACCUGUAAACAGGAGGAGGUAACUCUAUCAAGCAUUUUUUUUACUAUCAAGCACUAAGAAUAGUCGAGCGUUGCUGUCCUACCGACAGCUCUUGUUUCUUAAGUUAUUACCUAUCGUAAAAUGCUCAAAGAAAACUCAAAACUAAACCAAAGGAAUUAUUUUUUCUUAAUGAAUACAAUGGAAUAUGCCCAGGCACUAUUGUUAUUGAAAUGUUGUUAUUACAGGUGUAUCCAUAAAAUGUCAAUAUACAUGUUUAUCAGGCUAUAACUUGGUAUAAAAUAUGAAAGUCUAUCUCAUGUGAUAAAAUACCCAAGCUUCAGAAAAAGUGAUGAUUUUUUAGCUUGUCUGUUUCAAAGAAAAGGUCAAGUUAUUAUGAUUGCUGCAUAGUUGCCUUGCUAAAUUAAUGUAGCCUAUGAUUCAAAUGAUUUUAAAAGGUAUAAGCAUGAAACUUGGCAUACUUGCUUAUCAUGACAAAGUGCAGUUAUAAGACAAAGGGUAUUAUUCUAAAAGCUUUAUUAUGGAGUUAUGCUUCUUUUAAACUUUGUUAAAAAAACUUGGUCAGAAUUUGAGCCGCAUCACGACAAAGCCAACAUAAUGGGUUUGCCACCAGCAUGGAUCCAGACCAGCCUGCGCAUCUGCGCAGUCUGAUCAGGAUCCAUGCUGUUCGCUUACCAAUCCUAUUACAAGUAGAGAAACUGAUAGCGAACAGCAUGGAUCCCGAUCAGACUGCGCGGAUGCGCAGGCUGGUCUGGAUCCAUGCUGGUCGCAAACUCAUUAUGUUGGUUUUGUCGUGACACGGCUCAUUUGUUAUUGAUAGUCAUCAUCCAUUACAGACAAGCAUACAACACAAUAUGUGGUGCUUUUGUUUAUGAAACUUUGUAAUUUUGGUGCCAAUACAUAAAAAAGCCCUGUCUUUUAUUUUAAUGUAGACUUUUAUAUGAAAUAAUGUUGUAUGUCUUUAAGUGGUGGCUAGUAAAAGCCAAGAAUUUUUCAUGAGAAAAAUUAAAACCUCCAAUGUUGUAUUUUUAUUGGAUAUGAGAUAGUGCAAUUUAUCUAUGAUACUUGUGUUCAAGGCAUUAAUUUAUAAAAAUGCUUGAUUAUUUUGGAAAUGUUAAAUAUUAGAUACUUGUCCUUUGACACAAAAUUAAUUAAUUAAUUAAUUUAUCUGAGAUAUGUGUAUGUUAUUGUUGGGGAAUAUUUAUUUUGAAGUUUAAGAAAAAAAUGCUAAAUAUGUAGAAAAGGUGUUUUGCUGAUAGAUGUUUGAUAGAAAAAAUGUACAUGUAUUGUUUUUUUUUAAAAAAAGCUUGCCUUAAUUUAGUUUUAUAAAAGGUUUUUUUUUUCUAAUGGAAAUAUAUUGGUUGAAGUUGGAGUGUGACAGGUUAGGCAGCUGGGUGACAACAGUUUCUUCUGUAUUUAACUUUUCUGUCAUUUCUAGAGACAUUUUAACUGAUUUCCUCAGAAUGAUUUUCAUCAAGUGACCCCGCGCAUAUGGCUAGGAAUUUGUGAUUUGAUCAUUUUACAUGAUUUUGGCCUUGCUCUCAAUAUAUAAAAUUAGUUUCGUGGAAAUCCAGAUUUUGUUGCAAUUUACUAUGAUUUUGAUUUGUAAUCUGUUAAACUUGAUUUUGACUUGUUUACCAUUUUUGUAAAAUAAAAAAAGAUUUAUUUUUAUGAAAUGUAUCAAUGCCUACUUUUGAAAAUGGAAUGACCCAGUGUUAUCUUUUGGGUUUUCUAUAUCCAAAGACUCAUAGAUCUUGAUUUAAAUAACCAAUACAUAAGGGUAUGGUCGAACUGCACAUUUAAUUAAGAAUGCUGACCUCCUGGCAUAAACUGUUACUAUCAUUGUUUACUUAGUUCUCAAAAAUGGAUUUGUACCUGAAAUAAUCUAUUUUUUCUUAACCUUUCUCAUGUCUUGAUAUAGUAAACGUUUUUGAAUGUAGAAUAUAUCUGUAUAUAUAGUUGCUUUACACACAAAGGUGCAAUAAUUUUUCAAAUUUCACUUGUUUUCAUAUUAGCUUGCUUUAUAUGCCCCCAGAUUGAUAUAUCAGGAGGGCAUGUUGUUUUUAGUCUGCGUGUUUUUCUGUUUUGUGUGUCUGUUGAAAUUUUUUAAGCCAUGACCAACAUACGCAAAGAUAAAGAGUAAUAUAGAAUCACUAAAGAAUGCACAUAAUGACAAAAUUGUAAAUGUUGCAGGCUCAGUUUGAUUGAGCCUGUUCACGGACAGUCCUAGAUAGUGCAAGUUACUGUCCACGCCCACCUUAAGCCGUAUUCAACAUUUAAUAUGAAAUGGUAAAAUUGGAAUUUAGAAACAUCCGUAGAUGUGUUUGUAUGGGGGUUAUCAUGGAACCUUCAAUGUGACAUGUAAGUGCCAUAUGGUUCCCAAGUAAAAGAAUGUGCCAUAAACAAGAAAACAAUGGGCGGAACUAAAUAAAAUGAACAGGAUGUCCUACCACCUUUAAACUUUCAAACUUCAAAGGCGCUUGUAUGUUAAUGAGCUCUACCAGCCAGACUGGCUUUGAGGUUGCAUAGCCAAAGGUCAAGGUCAACAGGGUCAAGGACCCAAUGGCAUUCAUUUGAACUAGCAUUUGUUGUAUAUUAGAUUUGUUUUACAUGUAUUUAUAUUUUUUAUCAAUGUUCAGAACUUUGCUUCACUAGUUGUUGAUGAUAUACAUUUAUAUUAAUUAAGCUGAUGUUACCUUAAUGCAAUAACAGGUUAACUCCUAUUAAAUUAGAUGGGAUUUAAUAUGUUAUUGCAUUAAUAUGAUUAUGUGUUUGUAUUCUCCAAAAUUUAUAGUCUGAAAUAAUAUGAGAUUGUCAACAAUAAAAAUUUUACCCUACAACUGCCUGUUAGAUAAAAUUCUAGCUUGUAAAUAAACUUAACAGUUGGUGAUAGUGCUUUUGGUUUUAAUUAAUGAAUGUACAUUUGGCUAUUGAAUGAAAAUAAUAUAUUUGUAAGGCAUGUCAGUACAGUAAACUCCACUUAUAACGAUAUCACUUAUAAUAAUAUAUCACUUAUAAUGGUAUCGCUUAAUACCAUGUACCACCUAUAAUGAUAUCACUAAUUAGAUAUACCACUUAAAACAAUGUUGAUGCAGCGGGCUCAACUCUUGUUUUCAAAUUUUUGCUUCUUUUACAUGUAUAUCCUGGUAUAAUGGUAUGAAUUUGGCGGUCCCCUGAAAAUCGCAUUUAGCGGAGUUUACUGUAUUGAUAAAGAUAAUUAUAAAUUCUGCUGUGUCAUUAUCAGUUAUCUUGCCACUUUUUUAUCAUAUACUUGAUUCAUGAUAUGUUGUACAUUUUUUUUAACACUGCGUAAAGGCAAAGGACAAAAUUAUGUUUGUUUGUUGUCUCCUGACAUAUUCCAUAGUAACUGUACUGAAAAAUUAAUCAUCAUAAAUUUCGAAAAUUAUUUGUUCAAUGAAGACAUAAGAAACAGCAUAUGAGGGUAAAAUUAUUUGGUUAUUAGUUGAACUAUACAAAAGAAAAAUGGGUAAAGAGAUAGAAAACAAAUAUAACUUCUAUCAUGCUUAAUUUUAGUGCUAUCUUUAAAAUGAUGUAUACUUGAUAUGUGUGAAUGCCUGUUAAAAAGAGAUAUGUUAAUUCUAUGUGAGAGUAUGAUUAAAUAGGGAUAUAACUGCCUCGGCUGAAUUUUGGUAAAAAGAAUGUUAAAAGGUAUACUGCUUUUUCAAGCGAAUUUGGCUAAAAUGGAAUACAUGUAUAUUAAUAUAUAAUAUUAUAUAUUUAUUCCCUAUGAAAUGAGGAUAUAUUUUGAUUUUAAAGGUAUGUAAAAACAACAUGAUUCAUCUUUGUCAAAAAAAAAAUCAGAUUGUUUAUAAAUAAUGAUUUAUUUCAAAGAUGAUUCGAUAACUUUUUUUGCUUACUUACACAUUGUUAAUAAUUGUGAAUAGAGGAAAAUAUGUGAAUGUGAUAAAUGUGGUUCAAGAAAAAAUUAAUUUGUACAUAUCCAAUUAUGUAAGAUGUUUAUACAGGGUGUCAAACCAAAUACAUGAUUAUUAUACAA